AAAAAUAUUUUGUUUUUUUCCUUCCAAUAAUUCGAAAAUGAAGGACAAGUUUACAGGGACUAUUCUUCAGAGUGAUGCACUCGCCCAGUAUAUUUUGGAAACAACUGCUUACCCGAGGGAGCAUGAGCAACUCAAAGAACUAAGAAUGGCUACUGUCAACAAGUAUCAGUGGUGGAGUAUAAUGAAUGUAACUGCUGACGAAGGACAAUUCAUUUCAUUGUUCUUGAAAACGAUGAAUGCAAAGAAAACAAUUGAAGUUGGAGUUUUCACUGGCUACUCACUCCUCACUACUGCUCUUGCCCUCCCUGAAGAUGGCAAAAUCAUCGCCAUUGACCCAGACAGAGAAGCAUACGAGACUGGAUUGCCGUUUAUUCAGAAGGCAAACAUGGCCCACAAAAUUCACUUCAUUCAAUCUGAUGCCUUCAAAGUUAUGGAAGAACUCAAGGCCAACGGUGAAGAAGGAACAUUCGAUUUUGCAUUCGUGGAUGCGGACAAGCAGAACUACAUCCACUACCACGAACAACUAUUGAAACUGAUAAAGGUAGGAGGAAUAAUCGCGUACGACAACACAUUGUGGUCGGGAACUGUGGCAGCGUCCGAUGAUGACGAGAUGGAGGAAUAUCUGAGGAGGGUCAGAGUCGACAUCAUGCACUUGAACACUUUCUUAGCAGCUGAUCUACGUAUUGAGUUGGCUCAGCUUUCCAUCGGAGACGGGCUCACUCUUUGCAGACGUGUCAAAUAGAGAGACGACAUU